AUGCUUGGCGGCUGUUGCGUCUGUGCCGAUGAGAAUGGUUGGGAAUCGAAUCCGCUAGUUUAUUGCGAUGGUCCCAACUGUGAGGUUGCUGUUCAUCAAGGCUGUUAUGGUAUUGUUGAAGUACCAGAAGGUGAAUGGUAUUGUGCAAAAUGUGCCGAUUUUAUCGCACAUUCGCAGUACAACGGGAACAGCGGUGAUGUUGGGGAGGUACGCGAAACACCGCGUUGUAAACUGUGCCCCUUUGGUCAUGGUGCACUCAAACGGACCGAUAACGAUGAAUGGGCACAUGUCAUCUGCGCUUUGUACAUACCGGAAGUGCGUUUUGGAGAUGUCCACAGUAUGGACCCAGUGAUCCUGAGUGAUGUUCCACUGGAACGGUUUCAACAGCAGUGUUACCUAUGUAUGGAACGUGGGGAGGAAAAACGAGCAUAUCUUGGUGCAUGCAUGCCAUGUAAUAAACCUGGUUGUAAAAAGUGCUUUCAUGUUACUUGCGCACAAGCUGAAGGCUUACUAUGUGAAGAAGGUGGCGGUUCGAAAAAUGUUAAAUAUUGUGGGUACUGUUCAGCACAUGCAAAGAAAGCGAGACUUGAGGAGAGCAAUUGUCAUUUAUCAUUGGUCGAUUUUGGUUCCAUUUGA